UGCGGAGGGGGGCGAGCACGUCCCCGGCUCGCGCGCUCACUGACUCACCACUCGCCAGUUUGAUUUGUUUGUGUACUAGUUUUGGAUUGUCUGUUUUGCACCCUUAUCAAUCCCUUGUGGUUGUUUGUGAGUUUGCCACUUGUUAUCAAGGUUGUGCGCAGUGCGUUUACGUUGUUUUUAUCAGGUACUGGACAUAUAUGGAAUAUCUACAUUUAGGAGACUACCACUCCAAGCACAAGAUGUAGUGUUCGUGUUGGAAUGAGCUCGGUGCCAGGGGUGAGCCACGCCCACACCGAGGCCGCCCACUCCGCCCACCACCACCACCACCACCACCACCACCACAGCGCCCGCCCAUUCCAGCCGUACAACUGCCUGCCGGAGACGAUGGAGCUGGGCGAGGGCUUAACGGGUCGUCUGCUGGACACCCACAACCUCCUCUUCGGGGACGGGUACUCCGACACGCUGUCCUCGCGCCUCGUCGGCGCCGACGGAAACAGCGCUUACCGCCCCUGGGAGGCGGACCAUCCGGCGGACCACCGCCAGCCCGACCAUAGACUGCACCCGUUGGCGGUCUCGUCGGCGCCCAUCCAGGUUCUCACCCAUACGCCUGCGGUUCCGACGGCGUCGAACCAGAUGUCACACUAUGGCCACACGAUGCCCACGUACAGCGACUCCUUCGGGGCGGGGCACCCUGCCCACCACGUGCCGCCUCAGCAUCCUGUGCCACACAAGCUGCCGCCCUUCGCUGCCUUCAGCCCGGACCGCAGCGUGGGCAGCACCACGCCCUCGCCGCUGCCCUCCUUCAACACCCUGCCGUCGCCGCACUCGCGCUACCCGCUGGUGCCCGCGCCCGUGCAGGCCAGGGAGAUCCCCACCAUCCAGCAGCAGAUGAUGGACGAGCGCCACAUCCGCAUGUUCGAGUCCCCGCAGGGCAGCGACCCAGCGCCCUCCUCCACCACGCCCGCACAGGCUUCCCCCAAUACACAGCCGCCCACGGGCUCCGGUGGAAGCGGUAGCAGCUGUAGCAGUGGCAGCAGUAGCAGUAACAACAGUAAUAACAACAGCGGCCCCCAGCAGCAGCAGGGGCAGCAGUCCGGAUCUUACGACAACAGCCCGUCGUUGCUGCGGCUCGAGGGGUCCGUCCGCGUGGGCGUGAAGCGGGCGGGUCGCGCGGGCUCCCUCGAGAGCUCGGAGAGCGACGCGUCCGUCUCAGGCACGGAGAACAGCGGCCAGGUGUCCAGCGUGUCCUCCACCGCCGUCAACAACUCCGAUGCCUCCAACACCCCCGCCGGCAUGGGCGCCUCCGCCUCCGUGCCGUGCUCCGAAGGGGGAUUCCGCCCCCCGCCACCUCAGCAGCCGCCUCCGCCACAGGAUGACCCGCCAGAAAAACCCGUGAAGAAAAAGCGGAAACGAUGCGGCGACUGCGUAGGCUGCCAGCGGAAGGACAACUGCGGCGACUGCGCCCCCUGCAGGAACGACAAAUCCCACCAGAUCUGCAAGAUGCGACGAUGCGACAAACUCACCGAGAAGCGGACUCCCCGCGGCGAGAAGAUGGAGCGUCGACAGGCCGGUAUGGGUGCUAUGAUGCCUUUCUUCCCCGGUCCCGGCAUGGGCGAGCAGCCGCCUCUGCCACCCCCAGAGAUCCCACCUUUCCCACACAUGAGGGAGCGCUUCCCCAACGCUGUCUGGGGCGGCGAGGCACCACAGGGGCAGUGGCCGCCCCCGUUCCACCCCCCAAGUCUGGGCCACCCACCCAUGGGUCACCCACCCCCACCACCGCCACCUCCACAUCAGUUCGGCCAGUUCGAGCCCCGUCAACCCAUGUUCAAUUUCCCCGGUGGGCCUAACGGGCCCCCCGCUCCCCCCGCCCCCAGUGUACCAGUCUCGCAGUUCAACAGUCAGUUUAACGGACAGUUCAACGCCCCCGGCGAGAAUGGCACUGCGGGCUACGUGCCGCAGGGACACUUCUCCCCCCAGACGCCGCAGACGUCCGUCCCCGCCUUCGCGAGUGGGCCGCCCAACGGUUUCCUCACGCAAAACCAGGGAAACGGGGUAGUGGGGGGUUCGUCCCCCCAUCCCCACCGCUACCCAGGCUCUAACGACUUCCAUCAACAACAACAGCAACAGCAACAGCAACAGCAGCAGCAGCAACAACAGCAGCAGCAGCAGCAACAACAACAGCAGCAACAACAGCAACAACAGCAGCAGCAACAGCAGCAGCAACAACAACAACAACAACAACAGCAGCAGCAACAACAACAGCAGCAGCAACAACAGGGCGGCAUGUUCAAGUCACCCAUGGCAUCGCCAGCAGUGUCGGCGCCUGAGGCGUCGCCUGUCACGGGAGGGUUCACCAUGACGACGCUGCCGUCCCCUCACGCCCCUCACACGCCGCACGCCCCCCACACCCCUCAUACAGCCGAUCACCCAAACGAGAAGCCUGGGUACCCGCCGCCUCCCCCCACGCAGAGUUUACUCGGCUCUAGAGUGUCUGCGGGCGGGUACUCGGGUCAAACUUUGGAAGGGGGUGCGGGCGUGCCACAGGCAAGCCCGCACGGCUCCGUCAGCGUGCAGAGUCGACUGAAGAACAUGAUCAUGUCUCGGCAAGGAGGCUCCGCGUACCCCGGCGGGGGCGUGGACUCGCCGCCCUUAGGCGAGGUGCACUUCUCCGGACACGUCGCUGCCGUGACCAGCGUGGCCAACGCCGAGCCCGCACACAUGCACGAAUCUCUCAAAAUGGCCCAGAAUUUUUUAGCCUAUAGGACUGCAGAGCCUGGCCCGGGCUCUGUGGUCCAUGCCAACAGUAGUGAUGUGAAGGGCGGUGUGGGGACCGUACAUACCCAUACCAACACUAACAGUAGCAGUGAACCUCCGAGCACGGAAGGGACACCGCUGCGGGGGUCAGCGCCCCCUCAAAACUGUCAAGUUAGUGAACACAGUAGUGAAAAUGAUCAAGGUAACAGUGAAAUUGACACUGAGAUAAAGAAAGAAGUUAUUGAUGAUGUGGAAAUGAAGGAAGAAUUAGCUAAAGAUAGCGAUGAUGUUGAAAUGAAAGAGAUAGAAAAGAAGGAAAGUGAAGAUGUGAAACUUAAAGAAGAAAUCAAAGUGGAACAGAAAGAAGAAUUGCAGGUGGAACAGGCCGCCGCUUGCCCAACCGACAGCAUAGCACCCAAACCUCCGGACCAGUUUGGCCCCAGAACGCCUCCAGCUGGGGCCUCCGAGGACGAGACCGGGACGAGGAACACAGAAACCAGCCGCCCACAAAACCUUGGAGCGAAGUUGUCAGUGUACGACUUUCCAGACAGUCCAGACUCCAGCCAGAACCGCCAGGAUUUUCGGUUUGGCAGGGUCAGGGGGGCAGGACCGCCAUCGUCGCGGCCUGCGUGUGCUAGUGUGUCUGGGGCCGGACGCCCCGGGCCGCUUGCAGCCACCCCCGCGGGGCCUAAGACGCCAUCACGGCACCAUGUGCCAACUCCUCCAGUUUGUGUAGGACCGCCUAGGCCCCCGGGUCCCCCUGCCUCUGCCUUCCAGCCUUGCAACGAGUCAGACUCCAGUCAGUAUUCGUCCAACAACACCAGCACACUCGCCAGCCACACGAAGACAACGCCAUGCCAACAAGUUGCCAGUUCGACCCCUGGCAACCAGCAGUCCUUACAACUGCAGAAGCAGCAGGCGAACUUGCACCAGAAUGUAGGUGCAGUUCAACCCGCCACAUAUCACCCGGAGAGUUAUCUGUCUCAUGUCCAGCAAAACCAGGCUGAGGCGCCCUCCCCUUCGACGCACUCGACCACGCCGCAGACGACACCCAGUCAGGCCGACGCCUCCGAUGGCUCCCGCAACACUCCUAGGGUGAAGACGGAGAGUCCCCACCCGCAGCAGCAGCAGCCGGAGCCAGCGCCGCAGACACUACCACAGUCGCAGACAACCGACGCCGUCCAAGAAGGUCCUAAGAAGAACCCAGACCUGGAGGCCCGCAAGGAGCGCCUUCGUCUAAACGAGCUCAACGUCCCUCGAUGUUCAUGCAUUGUCCCCCCUGGAACCCCUGACCCUGGCCCCAUAUACAGCCACCUCGGUGCUGCAUCUACUCUGCUAGAACUGCGGAGUAUUCUCGAAAGGCAGACUGGCUUUGUUGGUGCUGCUGUGAGGCUAGAAAAGGUUAUCUACACUGGGAAGGAAGGAAAGACGGAUGCUGGAUGUCCACUUGCCAAGUGGGUGAUACGCCGUGGGGGUCCUGAGGAGAAGAUGCUUGCCAUUGUGAAGCACCGAGCAAAACAUACCUGUUCGUCAGCAUGGAUAGUAGUUGCAUUGGUAGCAUGGGAAGGGAUGCCUCUACCUGUUGCCGAUGACCUUUAUUCUAUGCUUGUCUACAAACUCAAUAAGUUUGGAUAUCCAACAGAAAGAAGGUGUGGUGUAAAUGAUGAGCGCACAUGUAUCUGUCAAGGUUAUGACAAAGAAACCUGUGGUGCUUCCUUCAGUUUCGGAUGUUCCUGGUCAAUGUACUACAAUGCUUGCAAGUAUGCACGCAGUAAAGUCGCAAGGAAAUUCAAGCUUUCAGAUGAGCAGGAGGAGAAGGAAGUUGAAGAGAAACUACAAGGUUUAGCUACAAUUAUAGCUCCUUUGUAUCAGAAGUUUGCACCAGAAUCCUACUUAAACCAAACAGCAUUUGAAGAUGACAGCAUAGAAUGUCGCCUGGGAUACAAACCUGGGCGGCCAUGGACAGGUGUCACAGCAUGUGCUGACUUUUGUGCUCAUGCACAUAAGGACCUCCAUAACAUGAACAAUGGUUGCACUGUAGUGGCGACCCUCACCAAGCACCGUGGAUUUGUCAAGCCAGAUGAUGAACAACUUCAUGUUUUACCUCUCUAUAUUCUGGACCCCACUGAUGAGAAUGGAACUUACGAUUCAUAUCAUCAGAAGGUCCAGUCAGGUGCUCUCGAGGUGCUAAAAAAAUAUCCCUGUGAAAUACGCCUCCGCACUGAACCACUCCUCUCGUGCCGUGCAAGAAAUCUUUUGGCAAGAGGUCUACCUUUACCAAAAAGAAUUAAGAGCAGAGGAAGCAGAGGGCGAGGAAGAGGAAUAGUAAGGGGAAAAGCUGUCAAUGGGAUGAGCAGCCCUUCAACUCAAAAUGUGGAGCUUAGUGAUGUGUUUGGCCUUGAUAUGGACUUUGUGUUAAACGGUAUUGACUUCAGUGAUCCUAAUGAUGUAUUAAGCAACUAUGGGUUAGAUGGCUCUGACUAUAGUUGGCUAUUAGAUGUUGGACCAGAUAAUGAUUUUGGACUUUCAAGUGAUUUAGACCAGAUAAUUUCAAGUAAGGAUGAUAGUACAAGCAGUGAUGAUGUAGCAUCUUCCAAUCAACCAUUAGCAGAUACUAAUCACCAUGACAGUGAAGUGGCUCCUGGGGAUUUGGCAGCUCCUGAUAGCCAGUUAAACCAAAGACAAAAUGCCCCAAGCCAAGUUCUGACAAGUACUGAAUCUCAUACACACUCAGGUGUCCCUCCUACUAGUCAAUUAGGAAGUUCGCCCAAAGUGGUAUCUGGCCCUGGUGCCUCUCCCAUGGUACAAGUUAGUCCUCAACCUUCUUCUAACUCAUCUAUGCCCCCUCCCAUGUCCCCUGCACUCAAAAGACCACAUUCUCCUCAGUGUAGUAGUUCCCCCAUGCCCUCAUGUUCAAAUAUCCCACAGCUUCCAUCCCAGACUGUCAGUCCUAGCAUCUCACCUCUCCCAUCUCCCAUGCGAUCAAACCUCCCUCUUUGCCAUAGCCCAUACCCCUCCCCCCUUGGUUCUCCCUCAGCAAGAUCCAUGACUCCUGUUAAUCCUUCAGCUGCAGCUAGUCCUUGUUUAUCCCCUGUCCCUUCUCCAUGUAUUAGAUCUUAUACACCCCCCCAUCCUUCAUCCAGCCCUUUCCCAUCUCCUAUGCCAUCAUCUUCAGCAGAAUCUGCUGCUCCUUCCAGUCUCAUACAGUCUCCCCAGAGUUGUCAGUCAUUGUUGGCUUCACCUUCUGGGGGACCUGUGAGGACAGGUACACCACAUCCCACUCCAUUAGGGCAAGCUUGUCCUGUGAGUACACCUCUGACACCUGUCUCUUCUCCAAACCCACCUGGUAUAGGGGCUGCCAAUCCUCAAUGCUCUUACUUAAAUAACAGUCAGCAACAACAGUGUACAAAUAGUAAAGAAAACAAAUGCCACAAUAUCAGUAAAACUCAAAAUGAACUUCAUCCCCAUUCCUCUCAACUUUCGCAAAAUACUCCCUCCGCUGCAUGCAGUUUGCCACAUGUGAUGCAAAAUGGUGUUGAUCCAUCUCUACAGAUGCACUACAGAAGUACAAAUCAAUUUAGUAGGGGACCAAAUAUGCAAGAAGUAAUGCCUUUCCAUCAAGAUAGGAUCUACAACAACCCUUUUCCCGAUUUAACCAGUGACACAAGUCCCAGUAGAAGUGAACAACCAUGUAAUAAACCCAAGGAACCAGAAACUGUAAUCAAACACAGUGAUAAUGUAGAGAAUUUCCAUGAUCCAAAUAUCGGAGGUGUAGCCAUUGCUCUGACUCACGGUUCGGUGCUAUUUGAAUGUGCCAAACAUGAACUGCAUGCCACAACUGCACUCAAGAACCCAAAUAGGCGUGAUCCAAAGAGAAUUAGUCUCGUGUUUUAUCAGCACAAGAACCUUAUAUAUAGAAACCAUGGAGGGCCACAGUUUGAGGAAAAGAUGGAGAGGAAAAGAAAUGAAGAAGAGAGAUUGAUCAGAGAAGGAAAAAUGGAACCUUCUCCGAGAAAGAAAAAGAAAAUGAUGAAAGAAGGUUUUGUGUUCCCCGAUGAGUGUAACAAAGUCCAGAAAAUUGAGCCAGAAUUCCAAAGGAUGAAUGGGGUGGUUAGUAUGAAGCCACAGGAGGUAGGAAUGAGACAAGUUCCUCAGGAGGGACAUGCCAUGGGGAACAGACAAGGUCAUCUGGAGGGACAUCAGUUAGAUAGUAAGCCUGCCACAGUUUACCCACCUGCAGAUCCGAGGGUUCCUAAUCAUCCAGACCUUAAGUCGCCUCCUAUUAGCUAUGCUAACUAUUCUAGGCCACUUCCCUCUGUCAUAGAUCACAAUAGAGCUUAUAGUCCUACUCAAAGAUACCAUGUUUCCCCACAAGUGCCUGCUUACUCGGUGGCCUCUUGUCCCCCCAACAUGGUAACCGCUCGUGCCCCGACCCUCCACCCACAAUUACAGAGACCCCAACCAACUGAAGACCACACAUACACUGGGAUGCAAAAUCCCCGUUUAAGGUAUGGAGAACAUUGCAGACCUCCCUUCAACACAGCCAUGCAGGAGUUCAACCCAUAUAACACAGUGCCUACCCCGGGGGCAAAUUCCUACCAGCCUCACGGGCAUCAGCAGUAUAGAGGUUUUCCUAAUCAGUACAACCAUCACCAUAAUCCUAUUAGUAGUAUUAAUCCAAUGUCAAGUUCCCGUAAUAGUGGUAAUCUUCCUAACAAUCCAGUGAUUAGCUCCAUCCACAAUCCAAUGUCGAGUCCCCAUAGUAACACAGUGCAGAGGAGCUCACAUGGAACACCACUACAUAGUCCCCAUGGAAACUCAAUGCUUAGUCCUCAUGGGGCUCGGUUACCAAGCCCCCAUGCGAACUCAGUACACAGUCCUCAUGGGAACUCUAUGCAUAGUCCCCAUGGAAACCCAUUGCACAGUCCCCAUGGGAAUGCUAUGCAUAGUCCUUAUGGAAAUUCAGUACAUAGUCCUUAUAGUAAUCAUUUGCAUAGUCCACAUAACUCCUUGCCAAGUCCACAUUCAAAUUCCCAUCAGAUACCUAUGUUAAGUCCUCAUACAAAUACACCUAUGGCAAGCCCACUUGCAAACUCGCAAAACACACCUGUGCCUAGUCCACAUGCAAACACUCACCAUACACCCAUGCCCAGCCCCCAUUCAAACUCUCACAUGCCCAUACUAAGCCCUCAUUCAGUCCCACACAAUGCAUCAAUGCUAAGUCCCCAGUCACACCCACAACACAGUUCAUUGCCAGGCUCUCAUUCAAACUCAUACAAUACACCUAUGCCAAGUCCUCAUUCAAAUUCUCAGAAUACUGCUAUGGCCAACUUAUCCUCUAAUGCACAUGGGGCACCAAUGUCAAGUCCUAUUUCUAACCUACACAACACACCAAUGCCCAGUCCACACUCUAGCUCUCAGAACACACCAAUGCCCAGUCCCCAUUCAUACCCACAAACCACACCCAUGCAGAGUCCUCUCUCAAAUCAGCAAACCACACCUUUGCAAAGUCCCCACUCAAAUCCGCAGACUGCAUCCAUGCCAAGCCCUAAUUUAAAUCCACAAGUUACUCCAAUGUUAAGUCCCCAUGCUAAUUCGCAGAGUGCAUCUAUGCCAAAUCCUCACACAAAUUCACAAAAUGUUGCAAAUUCACAUACCUUCCCAGGACAGAGUCAAGGCUAUGCAAAUCAGAUUUCUCAACCUUCUUAUGGUUUGACCCCUCCCUAUAGUCCUGGUCCCCAUGGUUCUGUGUCGCAAGGAACGCCUCUGCCUACCUUCAAUGUCUCCAGUAGUUACAGUCCGAUGGCACCACGUGCACCCCUGACCCAGCCAACUGCCACUUGGUCAGAGAUGCGCUAUGCUCCGCCUUUUAGAUUGACUGGACCUUACAGUGAAUGGCCAGGGAAUUAGUGAGUGCUCCCAGAAUUCCCGAAUCUUGUUAUUCUCGAUUCUUGCUGUUACCAUGUUACUUCUCAAAUGCCGUGUAAUUUUUAGUGUUUGGCUGUGAGCUGGCUAUAGAAGCUCAAAAUGUGGUAGCUGCAGUGUAACUGGUCACAAAGAGUGAAAACUUACUUUCUGUUCAGAUAUAGAACUAGUCGAUAUUUAUUUAUUGUGACUGAGGUAAAUGACAAUUGUUCUUCGGAGAAAUAAUAUGAGUGUACAGUAUGUAACCUUUUGCCAUAUCACAAGCCGUUACUUGUGUAUUGAUCUCAUAUGAGUGAAAGACGUCUUGUAGAACCUUUGGUGACAAUUCUCAUUUUUAUUGAUGAAUCAGUUGUAUAGUUGUAAGGUAGUCUUACCACAAGUGUUGCUUCUUAGAUGGCUUAUUUAUCAUUUUCUUGUAAAUAGUACGCAGACUGUUUAGUUUUUUUAAUCUAAGGAUUUCAAUAGUUCUGAUAAUUGAAUUUUGAGGAAAUACAAUGCAAAGACGAUUGUUUAAAAUUGAAGAUGUUGAACCUGACACUUAACAGACAGGAGUAGGUCUGUAUUUAUGGUGAUCUUUAAUACUCAGAGGUGUUCUUUGAAUGGUGUGGGGAAUAAUCAGAUGAUUGCUCAAAUAUUCUCCAUUGACAUUUGAAUUUAUUUUUUUGGAAAUGCAGCACUUUAAGCCAAGAUGAUUACUAGUCUAUGCAAGGCAUUUUUAAGAAAUUUAGCCAUGUACUUUAUUUUUCUUAGGGUAAUUACUAACGUAUUUUUGGCCAAAAGGAAGGCCUUGAUAAUGUUAUUGUUUUAAGGACAUUUAAGGACAUGAUCACCAAGUAUAUACAAAGUACACCCGUUCAGAUUCUCACAUCUAAACUCAAAAGCCAUAUAAAGCAGUUGUGAACACUUCUCCCCAGCCCAAAGUUGUUGUAUCAGAAGGGCAAAUUCAGGGUCUCCUUUUAUCAUGUUCUUCUGUGGCUUCAUACACAGCACUGUUAUAUGCAUAUUUCACAAAUAUGCUUAUAAACUGGUUAAUACAGUAGAGGAGAUUUGCAGUAGAAACAUGAUAGAUGCAGGCCCCUGCUGAGUAACAUCGUAGACUAAGUUGCCAGUGGGCAUAAUUUGAAUGAAGCCCUCCACACGAGUGUAGCCAAGGUGACGAGUCUUCCAGCGAUAGAGUUGUGAGGAGUCGGUUUAUGGCUUGUCCCAUUUUCUAAUAUUCCAAAUCUGAUGCAAAUUUGUCUCUGUGAUCCAUUUAAUUAUCUAUUUCUUCUUAAGAUUACAUGUAGAUUUGUAAAAAAUAUAUAUAAUUAAAAAAAAAAAAAGAGAGAGAGAGAGAGAGAGAGAAGGCAGACAAAAAAUUUCAAAAACAAGAUUUUGUGCUUGUUAUCCCCUGUGAAGGAUCUUGUAUAGUGUUUGUCUUGGGUUUCAACUCCCACAGGACUAACGCUGGAGCCUCAGCCUGGUUACAUUUGCCUCUGUCGCCUUACUAUCGCCAUCUCUUGUACAAAUAACUUUUUGUGCAGUCUCCUUCUUCCCUUACUUUUUCUAUUGAUUAUUCUUGACAAUUGAGGUGCACUAGUUCAUAAUCACCCUUUAUAGAUGAAAACGCUGUAAUUUUUGGAUAAUAUUAACCCCUGUGCUACGUGCGAUGAAGAGUGAAAAAAAAAAAUGCUUGAGAAUCUUUUUGUAUUUUUACAUGCAUUUUGAUACUUUUAUUGAAAGCAAAAGUGAAGUAUUGUUUCGUAGCAGUACCUAUGACGCGGGAUGUAGAGAGGGGUAUGGGUGGACCCACUGGAAUGAGCUCUGAUGAUGACGUCAUGUAUUUUUUCAUCCUACUACGUUUUUAUAGUGGCAUUGUGAUCUCUUGGCAGAACUGAAAAAAAAUUCAAGAGUGUUUACUGCGGCAUUCUUUGUCCAUAGUUUAAUAAAAGAUACCCAAAAAUGAAAAAGAAUGGGAGUAAAGUGCAGAAAAUUUCUUCUGUCCAUUUCUGACAGGUGUAGCAAUUAUUUGAAGGUGCAAUAUAGUUUUUUUUUUCUCUUGUUUAUUUAUAUAUUUAUUUAUUUUUACAAAUUUCAAUGGAACCUAGUGUGGAGUCUUCAUUUUUUCACCUGAAGUUGCACAUCUGGUAACUCAUACCUUGCCACUGCUGCCUUUCUUCCUGGUGCCCUAAUGUAGUAAGUAAAUAAAUGCUUGAUUGUUGGAUAAGUCGUGAAGCUGGAUUAUAAAGUACAAAUUAAUACACCACCCUCAGUCUGAGUUAUAGUGGCACUCCUCUUUACACCCCGCAGGCUUAGUUGAGAUCUCUUUAAAAGAAAUUCUGUCUGUCUGUCUCUUUCAAGUUGACCUCUAUCCGUUUUUCUAUCUUGGUACCUAGUCAGUUGUCUGUCACAGUAAACCUCAUUGUGUGAUUUAUGAGUCAUCCCAUUGCCUUAGGUGCAGUGUGUUUUUGUGACAUUAGAAAGGCAAUAACUGUUUCAGUAUUGGCCUAUGUGGUUUUUGGCUUUUUCAUUUCUUAUCAGUGUGUACAUUUGGGACACUUAUGGGGGGAAAAGGGGAAAAGAAUGACCAUAUAUCAUCACUGUUUUUAGAAUUAAGUCAUAUAUAUAUAAGAAAUAGAAUUAGGAGUCAGAAAUUAAUUUUCCAAUUGUAUUAUGUCCCAGGUGUUAAUGAAUAAAUCAUACAUACUUAAUACUAUAAA